AUGCCUAAAGGACACCAUGAAUUCAUCAUUCGACACUUUGCCAAGCUCGAUGGCCUUCCCAACAAGUCUCAACAGCAUUACUUCAAAUGUAAUUACUGUGGGGACCUACCAGACUCAAAGGGUGCAUCAAUAGAACACCAUGACAAUGCCCUGGCACAUCACAUCGUUUCAAUUGAAGAAUGCCCUCAAGCUGAUGGAUCCGCAUGCUCCCAUGCUCACUGCUAUAUGGAGGAGAAGAAGCAGGGUCCGAGUUUGAAGCUCAAUGGUUCCCAGGCUGAGGCUAGUAUCUCAAGUGGGAAAAAGAGAAAGGUUGCAAUGCAAGGAAGGCUGGAUAGAGUUGUUGAUAUUCCGAUGACUGAGGUUCAAAAGGGAAGAGCAGAUGUGAAGCUACUUCGGUGA